UUUUGAUUGUGCUUUUCACACAGGAGAGUUUUGAAGUUGAUAGCGAUUAUGACCGGAAGUUUCACACCGUAAAUGGAACAAAAAUAACAGAAACUGUAUCCGGGGAAGUAUUGGAGGUGUACCAAGUCAUACGUGACUUUAACCAUAUGAAAAAGUACUACUUUAAUGAUACCCAUUGUGAUGUUGAGCACAUUGUUGACGAACAGAUGCCGGACGGAUGCGUGCCGAAAACCCUGACUCUUAUCGGAACAUACACAAUGGGCUCUGGAAGCCAAUCAAUGCAGAUAAAUGGUUGGUCAGGAAAAGUUCUGAACGAAACAUGGACAUAUGCUACCACUGUAAAUGAUUGUACGACAGUUUCUUACACAAUACUCGGUACUCAACCAGAUGGUACAAAGAUUUCAGAGACUGCUCAAUUUGCUGACAUUGUCCAGCAAAGAAAUAGUUAUGAUGGUGUUUUUGACGUCCCUGACCAUUGCAAGCAUGGGACAAGUGUGGUUGGAAAGUAAUGCUGUCAUGACAUUUGAUGUUUAAACAUGUAUUCGUAAGCCAUUAAAUUUAAAAAAGAAAAA